ACCUACGGUUUUAUUACUUGGAUUUAUUUAAACUAGCAAUAAACCGUUAUCUACGCAUAAACAAACUUUAACUUCACGCGAGGCGACAAAACCAUAAUCAAUCAUGGAACAUUACUAUAUGACACUGUAUGCAGCUGCGUAUUAGAUGGGAGCGUUGUAGUUGUAUCGCGUCGCGCAGUGUGUGCAGUGUUGACAGGGCACUGAAGGUCACUUCCUGAUUUACUGAGAGUCGGUACUAUGUCCUAACACUUUCAAAACGCUCUGCCUCUCUUUAAAUGACGUUUCGUGUGCCUGAAACGCGACUUUACCACUACAGGUGGAAAUAGCAAGUUUUCUUACUUUAUUUUAGGCAGACCAGCACCUCAUUCAGUCGUAGGACAGGUGAAUUUAUCGAUUCGUAUGCUUUCCUGGCACGUUUAUAUUGGCGAGGAUGUUUUAAAAUGGCGGUGGCAGCGUCACAACAGGGUCUGGACUCUGUAGUGAAGGUAAGGUGAUGGACGCACACACAUCCUUCCACCUGCAGCAGGAACAUGGCAGAAGCAGAGCACACGUCCAAUGAAAGCAACACAAACUGUCAGAACAACGAUGAUUCCCAAGUCUCAUCAAUCAGCAAGUCUUCACAGUGUUUGCAGAGUGUUUCCAAGCCUCUCACCCAAAACCAUGUCAACCAUUUUAUGCCCUCAGACUCUCAGCCCCCACAUGGCUCCCUCAGCUGCAAAUUAUUUACUCCAUUUAACGGCGCAUGUGAUGAGGAUCGCAGUAGCCUGGCCUCUCAGGACUCUGGUAUCCCCACCCUUGAGAUCAACCCACCUGAGCACAUUCAUGCUCGAGUCACCACUGCUGAGCUGGUGGUUCCACCUCCACAUGAUGAUAAUCCAGCAACACUAAACUUGGAUAUUUCAGAUAGCUCCUUACUCAAGUCUUCCACCUUCCCCCGUUGUGAUUUUGAUUUGGUACGUCUCUACGGUGCAAGUGGGCUUUCCAGUGCGGCAGGCAAGGGUACAUUGAACCGCAGUGAUGAUAUUUCAGUGUGCAGUGUGUCCAGUUUAAGUACUGAGUUUUCUGCCACAUUGUCAGUCAGUAAUGAGGACUUCCUAGACUUCAUGGUUACAUCCGAGUCCAGCGCCGUUGUUACAUUUGAGAAUGAUGAUGUCUUGCACCGUUCUGACAAUUCACUCUCACCCCCUACUGACCUACACGGCAAGCUAAGCAGCCCACAACGGCAACCAUUGGGGGUCUCUACACCUCAUGAGGCUAGGACCAAAAGACUGGGACCACUCGCCAACUUCUUCCACAGGAGUCUUUUUGCUAGGAGGAUGAAGGACACAGGUGCACUGGAAGGACAGCGAGAGCCUGGGUGGAAGCUGUUUGGUAUAGUUCCACAUAAAGAACUUUCAACCAAAGACUCCAGGAAAAUACAAAAGGAAUAUGAAAGAAGGAGUGAACACACAAGCAAUUCCACAUCUCCCAAGAAGAAUGUAAGAAAGAGCCUGGACUUCGAGCCACUUUCAACCACAGCUCUUAUACUGGAGAACCGUCCAGCGAAUCUUCCUGCAAAGCCUGAGGAAGAAGCCCAGAAACACAGACAAGAAUAUGAGGAGAUGGUGGCUCAGGCCAAAAAGAGAGAGCUGAAAGAGGCCCAGAAACGGAAAAAACAGCUAGAGGACAGGUGUAAACUAGAGGAAAGCAUCGGCAAUGCUGCUCUCAUCUGGACUCAGGAGAUAUUACCCAACUGGCAAAGCAUGUGUUCAUCUAAGCGGGUGAGAGAUUUAUGGUGGCAGGGUCUGCCACCCAGUGUGAGGGGCAAAGUCUGGAGUCUAGCGAUAGGAAAUGACCUGAACAUCACAGAUGAGCUGUACAACAUCUGUUUGGCUAGAGCCAAGGAGAAGUGGAAUGCUUUUGUAGCCCCAACGGCUGCUGCAGAAACAGAGAGUGAAGAUACAGGCUUGUCUAAUGCUGAUCGAGAGGCCAGUCUAGAACUGAUCAAGUUAGAUAUUUCCAGAACCUUUCCCAGUCUCUGUAUAUUCCAACAGGGAGGCCCAUACCAUGAUGUAUUGCACAGCAUUCUGGGAGCUUACACUUGCUAUCGUCCCGAUGUGGGAUAUGUGCAGGGAAUGUCCUUUAUAGCAGCAGUGUUGAUCCUCAACAUGGACACUGUUGAUGCCUUCAUUGCAUUUGCCAAUUUGUUGAACAAGCCUUGUCAAAUGGCUUUCUACAGAGUAGACCACAGCCUUAUGUUGACAUACUUUGGAGCAUUUGAAGUGUUCUUUGAAGAGAAUCUACCAAAGCUUUUUGCACAUUUCAAAAAUAACAACCUGUCCUCUGAUAUUUAUUUAAUUGACUGGAUCUUCGCCUUGUACAGUAAAUCGCUCCCACUGGACAUUGCGUGUCGUGUGUGGGACGUGUUUUGUCGUGAUGGUGAGGAAUUUCUCUUCCGCACUGCACUGGGUAUCCUGCGUCUUUACGAGGACAUCCUCACACACAUGGACUUCAUCCACAUCGCUCAGUUCCUGACACGCCUGCCGGACUACAUCUCUGCUGAGGAGAUCUUCUCCAGCAUAACCAACAUCAACAUGAACAGCAAGAACAAGAAAUGGCCACAAGUUCUUCAGGCUUUGCAGAAAGGACAAGACCGGGGCAGUCCACUACUGAAACGCUAAGGAUGCAUUCUCGUGUCUUCUCUUCCACCUUACAGAGACUAAGAGAGAAACUCAUGUUGACUGUGCAUGGGUACUCCUUCAUACCUCUGGUACCUCAUCAGAGAUUAUCAGCUCAAGUGGCCACUGUAUGUGUCCUCUUCCAUACAAACUGAUGCAUGGGAAUACAAACUGAGCUCACAGGCCUGGAACGGAGGCAACACGUCACAUGAAUGUACACUCCAUCAAUUAGGUGUGGCAAUGUGAGUUUGUGAAGCUCUAAACUAUUUCAUGUCUGUCCACUAUUUUCACCUUCACUUUAUCUCUUUGGCUUUAUCCUUUUGUCUCCCUCACCUUAAACAUGGCAUUUUCGUUUAAGCGAAAUAAAGUAAUAUAUAUAUUUUGCUGUGGUUUCUGAGAUUUUUAUUUGUUUGCUCAAGUUGUUUUUAAUAUGUUUGGAAGUAUAUUGGCUUCAAAUGUCCUUCAAAAUCUUGGAAUCUCAAAGGGAAUUUUAUGUUUUUAAAAAACUGAAAGUGUGCAAAUCCUGAGGAUAUUUUGUUUGCUACAAUGCAAUGUCAUUGAAUUCCACCACUGUUUGUAAUACUUUUUGCACACUUUUUAAUCUAAGUUUCUUAUCAAGAACUGUUAUUUAUUCUACCUCUUAAUCCUUGUGUCUGCAUUCUGUUUUUCUGUCUGCUGUCACAGAUGUCUUUAUUCAGAGAUUUGAGUGGACACUGAAAGAUUUUGGUGUAUUUGUAGUACUUUUACUGGAUUCUUUCUCCCUUUUCUUGCUUUUUUUUUCUUUUUAUUGAAAAUCUUCUGAAAACCAAACAUGCUGGAAUACUAGCGUUUCUGAAGUUCGGCUUCAGUUCAUGCCUACACAACAGGAUUUUAGUAUAAUGAAUGUGGCUUUAACAUUGUGGUGCAAGUUGGAUCUCAUAGUGGUUUAAGUGUUAAGAAGAGAGUAGAUGAAAGAUUACGUUCGACUACCUGUUCAGAGAUGAUGGUGGUUUUGUGUCGCACAGCUCAUCUUAACAUUUUUGUUUGACAUAUUGUCUUUGUUAAUAACAAAGAAACUGCUGUAAAUUAUUAAUGCUGAGAUUAAAAUCAGGCACAACUUAUUAUACAAAAUGUAAGAAUUUGAUUUUUAACAAAUGCCAUGUUAUAGUACUUCAUAGCCUUUGCUUGUUUCAUGUAAAUAACAUGCACCAAAGCGGCCUAAUUUAUAGGACCACAGUGUAACAGCAAUAACAUUUUUCACUUUUUUUUUUUUAAGUUUGUCAUUUUGGAGAAUAUUUUUCACUGAGAAUUUUAUGGAGAAAUUUUUGGCACUAAAACGUUAAACAUCCAGAUGCUUAUUUAUUAUAUUGAUUAGAAUUUUUUUUUUUUAAUUUCAUAUCAUUAAAAAUCGUGUGCAUGUGUUUACAUAUGUGCACAUAACAAUAUGUAAAAAGCUAUGAAGGCACUGUAAAGAAUAUUGGACGGCACGUGUUAUCUUGCACACUCUGUAGUAAGUUUAUGUUUAGGUAUUAUCAAGAUAAUGUGGUGAGAUUUUGCUGCUUUUUGAUGACUGUGAUCGAAGGAAAACCUCCCACCUUUUUUGUGGUUUAAACCACACUUCUGCAAUAAGCUGCUUUGCACUUUCUUUUUUUUUCUUUUUCAUAGAUUUUCAUAAUCGUCUUUACUGUGCUCUCUGCUGAUUCAUGUUUUGUUUCUUGUUCAUUACCAUAUACGAAACCCAGGAAUUCAUUCUGUGUUAAUGUUGGCUGUUUGCAUUAUCAUCCAUCUGAUUAUUCAUUGCCCUCAAUUUAAAAUAGAAUUUAUGUAUAACAAUUUAAAAAAAAAAAAACUAUUUAAAACAACUUGUAUAUCUGGGGUCAAGCACCAGAAAUUGAUGGCUUUAUGUUAGUGGCUUUCCAUUGUUUUUGUCUCAAGUCCAAAACUUUGAAGUAACUUAUGAAAAUAUACACAUAACUCAAAAAAGAAUUCAAAAGACUUCAUGUGUAUCCGGUUGUGCAUUCAGCUCCUUAUGACUUCAUGUACAAUAAAAAAAAAAGUCAUUACAUCCUUUAUUGAUUGUACAGAGCUGACUUGUGUGUAUAAACAACUUCAUGUUAUGUUGUGAGUACUUGCGUGUGCACAUCAUCAUAAGCGAUUCAUGUUGUUCAGAAGAGCAUAGAGCAUCCAGGAAGACGGGAAAUGUUAAUAAUGAAGUGCAAUAAUGUAUUGUGCAUUGUAUUUGUUAUGCUAGUGUUUUGUUUGUGUGGGAAUUGACCGAAUCGGGUGAUUCGGUCAAUAUGACCGAACCUAAGAUGAAGGCAGUAGGGUGUUCAGUGUAUCUGUGCCUAUGUAUGAAUAACUGUCCAGUCAAAACUAUUUAAUGUUAGCUUUUUUAUUCUUACAUAUCAGCACUGUAUGAGCGUUCAAAUGCAGACUGUGUGCAUGCAACCCCACACUUGAAGCUUUCAGAAGUUAUUUGAGCAUGCAUUUAUGCAGCUCACACAACACGCUUUGACCAUGUCCUUGUUCUUAUGUUUGUCCUUUUGUCAUAUAAUGCUGCCUUUGUUUUUGUUGUGUCGAUAUAGAAAUAAAUAAACUUGCAUAUAUUCAUGGUCCAUUGUCUCAUCACCUCAUUAAUGUUCACAUUGAGACAAAGAUUAAGAUGGUGAGUUGCAGUUUUGCUACAUGAAAUAACCGCAUAACUGUUUCCUGUAAGACUUAUGAGCGUACUUUUGUUCAGUUAUGAUUCGCAGUGGAACUUUUUCUCACCUAUAACCUGCCCCCUUACCAAAACCACACUCGCCCCCUCCCCUUCUACCUUUAAAGUCCACGGUAAAGUUUAUAGGGCAUUAUCCUGUUGUUAUCAGUAUUAUCUUGAAGCAAAAUCUGCAGCCAUGCGUCAAUAUUGUCUUUGUCUUUUUAUUGGACUUUUGGCCGUUGCAUUCCUCCAGUCUGGUGUACUGGCCAACAAUGCCAAUUCGCCAGACGAAUGCUGUUUUAAGUAUUAUGCGAGGAAAAAUCCCCAUCGCUAAAAUUACUUCCUACAUGGAAACAAGAAUGGAUUGCGCUAAGGCUGGAAUCAUUCUUGUCACACAGAAGAGUCUUCGUAUCUGUGUGAACCCUGAGCUGAGCUGGGUGAAGAGUGCCAUUAAAAUGAUCGAUGAUCGUGAUUUUUAGUGAUGCAGUUGUGGCGAUGAUCUGCAUACUCAAAGGAGUGAUUUAACUUGUUUCCUAACUGAAGAAUUAGCUCAGUAACCUUCCUCCUAUGAUCUGUCAGUUUUUUUUUUUUUUUUCAUCAUUAUCAUGUGAGGCAUCAUGACAAGUAACUGAAUGAUGUUUUCUGUUUGAGUUAAGCAUUUCUUUAACAUUUGUCUUUUAAAUAUAAAAAUGUUCUAUCUUUCUACUGUAAUGUUACUUUUACUGGAAAGCAAUACAUGUAAAAAGACAACAUGAUUUAUGAUUGUUUCAAUUUUUAACAUGUAGGCUGAAGAAAGAAAUUUGCUUUGACAAUAGUUGUCUUAUAUGAUGCUCUUAAUUCUAAUAAAAUAUAACAGAAGACAAAACCCCUUAAGAUGAAUCUCCUUGUAAAAUUCCCCAGCAUAGCAGAGCUUAAUCAAAACAAGAAAAGAAGUCAAAGCCAGUGUUGGAAAAAAAGUCAAUAAAAGCAAUAAAAUGGUGACACAGAACCCAAAAACAAACAAACAAAAUAUAUGAAUAAAUAAACUUCAGGUUCUGUUAAGGCAACUCUUUACAGCAUUUAUAUUUACUGUAUAUUUAGUAAUGAAUGAAAAAAACGUUCUUGGUGUCAUUUAUUGUUAGGUGUAUUAAUGCAUGUAUUCAUGUUAUCAGUUUAAGUGUCAGUAAUUAUUGACCUCUUCUCUGUGUUCAUUAAAAAAACCAAAUGAAUUUUA